UCUCAGCAGAGCAAGGUGAGGGCUGUCUGCUGAGCUGUCUUUGCACACUGCCUCUGUGUGCCCUCGCAAUGUGCGCGUGGGGCCUGUGGCGCUGCUGGUGAGGAUCCGGAGACUGAGGGAGACUUGCUGUGGAUCUCAUAGUUCAAAGAAAUGAAGGUCUGAACAAGUGUCAGAAUCCAACUCACUUCAGGAAAGCUUACAGCUUUCUUCAGCUGUCGAAGGAGUCUCUCUCAAAAGCCCAGCUUCAUAUUCUCAAUCUUCAUAAACUUUGUUGCUAGGUUGGACUUUUUAAUCAUGCUUGUGGUGGAAUAACACUGAGAUUUUCCCCGUUUGUUGUCUUCGAUGAAAGGAAUAAUGCUGUCAGCAUGUCUUCACACUCCAUGCUCUCUGAAAGAAUUGCCAUAGCCAAGGAACUAAUCAAGAGAGCAGAAUCCCUUUCUAGAUCAAGAAAAGGUGGCAUAGAAGGGGGCGCAAAGCUGUGUAGCAAACUGAAGGCCGAGCUAAAAUUCUUACAGAAAAUAGAGGCUGGGAAAGUAGCUAUUAAAGAAUCCCACUUACAGAGUACAAACCUAACACACUUGAAAGCCAUCGUGGAAUCGGCAGAAAACCUGGAAGAAGUUGUCAGCGUUCUCCGUGUGUUUGGCUACACAGACACCUUGGGAGAGAAGCAGACUCUUGUGGUGGAUGUCGUAGCGAAUGGCGGUCACACGUGGGUCAAAGCUAUUGGCCGGAAGGCCGAAGCGCUGCAUAACAUCUGGCUGGGCAGGGGCCAGUAUGGCGACAAAAGCAUCAUUGAGCAGGCCGAAGACUUCCUGCAGGCCAGCCGCCAGCAGCCUGUGCAGUAUAGCAACCCUCACAUCGUGUUUGCAUUUUACAAUAGUGUCUCUAGUCCCAUGGCAGAGAAGCUGAGAGAUAUGGGCAUCUCUGUCAGAGGGGACAUCGUCGCAGUCAACUCUCUGCUAAGCCACCCUGAAGAGCCGCAGCUGAGCGAGAGCGAGCCCGACGAUGAGGACGAAGAACUUCUGCAGGUGACGAGAGUGGACCGAGACAACGUCCUGGCGCACGUUGCAUUUCCCACGGAGAUCAAGGUGGACAUUUGCAGAAGAGUCAAUCUGGACAUCACUACUUUAAUCACGUAUGUAUCUGCCAUGAGCUAUGGAGGCUGCCACUUCGUCUUCAAAGAGAAAGUACUCACAGAGCAAGCCGAGCAGGAGAGGAAGGAGCAGGUCUUGCCUCAGCUGGAAGCGUUUAUGAAGGACAAGGAGCUGUUUGCCUGUGAAUCUGCUGUCAAGGAUUUUCAGUCUAUUCUAGACACCUUAGGGGGGCCAGGAGAGAGAGAGAGGGCCGCUAUGCUAAUUAAGCGAGUCACCGUGGUCCCAGACCAGCCUUCUGAGCGCGCCUUGAGACUAGUGGCAAGCUCAAAAAUUAACAGCCGCUCGUUAACGAUUUUUGGGACAGGAGACACCCUGAAAGCCAUCACCAUGACUGCCAAUAGCGGCUUUGUCAGAGCUGCCAACAACCAGGGUGUCAAAUUCAGCGUCUUCAUCCAUCAGCCCAGAGCGCUUACCGAGAGCAAAGAGGCCUUUGCCGUGCCCGUGCCGAAAGACUUGCGCAGUGACAGUGCACGCUAGUGGUUCCUUUACAUGUUGCCAUGGAAAUACAUUAUUUAUACCAAAGGCUGGCCUUCCCGUCUAUAUGGAGAGAACAAAGUUUAUAGUAAAAAUAAUAUUUAGAACUCACGUGUUUAAGUAGAAGUUUCUUGUGUUUUGUCUGUUUAAGGUCUAUGAAUUAGAAAAAAACUCAAGAGACAAGCUUACUUAUCUCUGCGUCCCAUCACAAGCUCCAUUAUAGCAGGGAAGAACAGACAUGCGGCUGCAUAGGCUUUUAGCGAUCUCGUGAUGCUUUUGUUUGCCUCACCGGGGCUGCAGCCUCCAUCACAGGUGAUUGCAUUUCAUGGAAUAUGGCUAUAGUGAUUCUUGAAUUCAUUAAAUAAUCUGGAGAAAACUCCGA